UAUUUUUGAAUUUCAAUUUCUCUGUUCGACUGAUAAGUCUUUUUCAAUUCUCCAACUACCCAAACCAAUUAUAUUUCGUCUUUGGUUUAUCAAUUGAUUAGUUUAUGUAUCGCAUUUUGACUUGAUUCGGAUGAUUUCUUGUUUGAUUUGAAUUUUUCUUUCCUUUUAUUGGGUAUCUCCACUAAAUACAUGUGGAAUUUUGUUUUUACUUGUAUAUGAGUACGUCUUUGUAUUGAAGGUAAGCUGGUUUUGCGGUUGGUUUGUUGCAUUUAUUUCAACAUUGUUCGUAUUUUCGUCUAUUCUCUGCUCUUUAGUCCAAUUUUCAGAAUUACCAGGAUGUAGGAUGUAGCCCUAAUUUUAUUUUAUUUUUCAGCUCUGCCAUUUCUUGAAGAUGUGGAUUGAGACACUCUUCUGCUCAAUUAUUAUAUGGUUUUAAAAAGUUACUUCAGUAUAGGACAAGUGACCAAACAAACCAUCUGACCAAAGACAAUUCGGGUGUCAUGUUGUUGUGCGUGUAUGUGUGGGUUAGGCAGCAGGUGUUGAGUAACUUUGAUUAAUGGCUGCUUUAAAGGAUGACCCAGUUCUUGGAAUUGACGGUAGACUAAAGGAAGAGGGACUAGACAAGGCAGGUUUGGUGAGAGAGGAAGCUUGUGAGAGAGAGAUGGUUCCUCCUCCAGGAAAUUCCAUUCACAAGUCUGGUUCCAGGCCACAGCUUGACUUGAGCAAGGCUGCAAUUCAAGGGAAUUCCGAGGAGAGGGAUCCUACAAUUUUGUUGCCUAAUCAAUCUGAUGAUAUCUCCCAUUUGGCUCUUGAUAUUGGAGGGUCUCUUAUCAAAUUGGUCUAUUUUUCAAGGCAUGAAGACCGAUCAACUAAUGACAAGAGGAAGAAGACUAUCAAAGAAAUAUUUGGAAUUACCAAUGGUAACAGAAGAAGCUACCCUAUCCUUGGCGGGAGACUUCAUUUUGUGAAGUUCGAGACAAGCAAGAUUAAUGACUGCUUAGAUUUCAUUUAUUCGAAGCAGCUCCACCAUGGUGGACUUGAUACACAUAGUUGGAAUUCUGAGCUUCUGUCCAUCGAUAAUGCCGUAAUUAAGGCCACAGGUGGAGGAGCGUACAAAUUUGCUGACCUUUUCAAAGAAAGGCUUGGGGUUAGUCUUGACAAAGAAGAUGAAAUGGAUUGUCUUGUGGCAGGAGCUAAUUUUUUGCUUAAGGCCAUUCGGCAUGAAGCUUUCACACACAUGGAGGGUCAGAAAGAGUUUGUGCAGAUUGACCAUAAUGAUUUGUUCCCUUACCUUCUUGUUAAUGUUGGCUCUGGUGUUAGUAUGAUAAAGGUUGAUGGGGAUGGAAAAUUUGAACGGGUUAGUGGAACGAAUGUUGGUGGUGGGACUUAUUGGGGCUUGGGAAGGCUAUUAACCAAGUGCAAGAGUUUUGAUGAGUUGCUCGAGCUAAGCCAAAGAGGUGAUAAUAGGACCAUUGACAUGCUUGUUGGGGAUAUUUAUGGUGGUAUGGAUUACUCUAAGAUUGGUCUCUCUGCAUCAACCAUUGCUUCAAGUUUUGGCAAGGCUAUUUCUGAGAAGAAAGAACUUGAAGAUUAUAGACCUGAAGACAUUUCGCUGUCUCUCUUGCGGAUGAUUUCGUAUAAUAUUGGGCAGGUCUCAUACCUGAAUGCACUGCGGUUUGGUCUUAAACGAAUCUUUUUUGGAGGCUUUUUUAUUAGGGGUCAUGCUUACACCAUGGACACUAUCUCUUUCGCUGUUCAUUUCUGGUCAAAAGGAGAGGCACAGGCAAUGUUUUUGCGGCAUGAAGGGUUUCUGGGAGCUUUAGGUGCAUUUAUGAGCUAUGAAAAGCAUGGUCUGGAUGACUUGAUGGUCCAUCAACUAGUUGAAAGGUUCCCAAUGGGUGCGCCAUACACGGGAGGAAAGAUCCAUGGUCCACCUCUUGGGGAUUUGAAUGAGAAGAUUUCAUGGAUGGAAAAAUUUGUGCUGAAGGGAACUGAAAUCACUGCUCCUGUACCAAUGGCUCCAGCAGGAACAACUGGACUUGGAGGUUUUGAAGUCCCUUCAUCCAAAGGCGGUAUUCUGCGUUCUGAUGCGAGUGCAUUAAAUGUUGGUGUUCUUCAUCUUGUACCCACUUUGGAGGUGUUUCCACUAUUGGCAGAGGCAAAAACGUACGAGCCUAAUACCAUUGAUCUCUCAGACCACAGUGAGUUGGAGUAUUGGUUCACUGUACUGUCAGAACACAUGCCAGACCUUGUUGAUAAGGCUGUGGCAAGCGAAGGUGGAACUGAUGAUGCUAAAAGAAGGGGUGAUGCAUUUGCUCGUGCAUUUUCUGCUCACUUGGCUAGGUUGAUGGAGGAACCUGCUGCAUACGGAAAACUAGGACUGGCCAAUCUUUUGGAAUUAAGGGAAGAGUGUUUGAGGGAGUUCCAAUUUGUUGAUGCCUAUAGAAGCAUAAAACAAAGGGAAAAUGAGGCAUCGCUUGCUGUUUUACCUGAUCUGCUGUUAGAACUUGACAGUAUGAAUGAGGAAACUAGAUUGCUUACCCUAAUUGAAGGUGUUCUCGCUGCUAAUAUCUUUGACUGGGGAUCCCGUGCAUGUGUGGAUCUCUAUCAUAAAGGAACAAUAAUUGAGAUAUAUCGAAUGAGCCGGGACAAAAUGCAAAGACCUUGGCGGGUUGAUGAUUUCGACGUAUUUAAGAAAAGAAUGCUAGGGUUUGGAGAUAAAAAGUCUCAGCCGCAUAAGAGAGCCUUGCUCUUUGUUGACAAUUCAGGUGCUGACGUGGUUCUAGGGAUGCUCCCCCUGGCACGGGAGCUUCUACGGCGUGGAACUGAAGUGGUUCUGGUGGCAAACUCCCUCCCUGCAUUGAACGAUGUAACUGCCAUGGAGCUUCCUGAGAUUGUAGCGGAGGCAGCAAAGCAUUGUGAUAUUCUCCGUAGAGCUGCUGUAGCAGGAGGUCUUCUCGUGGAUGCAAUGAUCAACACUUUAGAUGGUUCUAAAGAAAAUUCACCCGCGGUUCCUUUGAUGGUUGUGGAGAAUGGGUGUGGGAGUCCAUGCAUAGACUUGAGGCAGGUCAGCUCUGAGCUAGCUGCUGCAGCAAAGGAUGCUGAUCUGAUUAUCUUGGAAGGCAUGGGCAGAGCUCUUCACACGAACUAUAAUGCACGGUUCAACUGCGAUGCUUUGAAGCUUGCGAUGGUGAAGAAUCAGAGGUUGGCAGAAAAAUUGAUUAAAGGAAACAUAUACGACUGUGUUUGUAGAUAUGAACCAGCCAAUUGAAGAUUCAAGAAAUUGGAAAUGCUCAUCACAAACAACAUAAGGCAUUUGCUUGCAAGCUGAAUGAAUAGGGCUUUGGCGAGCAAGGGUAAUGGAGAGAAAAUUGUAGUAACAACUCUGCCAGGGUACGGGAUGAAGAAAUAGAACAAACCAUCAUCACAUGAAUGAUGAGCAGCUGAGGCAAUAAAAACCUUUUAUGUUGUAAAAGUUCUGCCAAGAUGUGCAAUGAAAAAUGGGGGAAAAAAAUGUUUUAUUACC